UAAUGACCUGUCGACGGGACUUUCCCAUUACACUAAUUUACAGGGGGGUCCUGUGGGGCUUUAAUAACAAGCGUGGCAGCCGUUGUUAGGUGUCCUGUCUUUUUUUUCUUUCUUUUUUUUUUUUUUUUUUUACUGGAAAAGUUUCAAUAGGACAGAAUUGUCAAAAUGUCUAGCAAAAGGGCUAAGGGGAAAACCACCAAAAAGCGCCCCCAGCGGGCCACGUCCAACGUGUUUGCCAUGUUCGACCAGUCCCAGAUCCAGGAAUUCAAGGAAGCCUUCAACAUGAUCGAUCAGAACCGGGAUGGCUUCAUUGAUAAGGAAGAUCUGCAUGAUAUGUUGGCCUCAUUAGGUAAGAACCCCACAGAAGAAUACCUCGAGGCAAUGAUGAAUGAAGCCCCUGGUCCCAUUAACUUCACCAUGUUCCUCACAAUGUUUGGAGAGAAACUUAAUGGCACAGAUCCUGAGGAUGUUAUCAAAAAUGCAUUUGCUUGUUUUGAUGAGGAGGGGACGGGUUUUAUUCAGGAGGACUACCUGAGGGAGCUCUUGACCACUAUGGGAGACAGGUUCACAGAUGAAGAAGUAGAUGAGUUGUUUAGAGAGGCCCCUAUUGACAAGAAAGGGAACUUCAACUACGUAGAAUUCACUCGCAUCCUGAAACAUGGUGCUAAAGAUAAGGAUGAUUAGGACAAGACCGAGCACUACUGAAACUAAUGAAAACUACACUGGAACACUACAACAUGUUUAACUGUCUUCUUUUCCCCCAUUCUUGGGAUCGUUCAAAGGGAUACAUUAAUCAGCAAGGCAAAAUCAUUUGACUGUACUCUUAAACAGUCUACGUAGGUUUGUACAUAACCUCAAAGUGAAUGAAUGCUGGUCUGGUAUGUAAAUGUUGAGAAAUAAAUUCUGGAAUUAUUCAUUGUA